AUGACAAUAGAAUCCCUCGAAGUCAAGGUCAAGCACCUCGAGCAAGAAAAGGCAGCCCUCGAACAGGAGGUCCGCGCAUUGCGUCUUGAGCAGAGCAUUGCCGUUCCAAGCAGUGGAGACACAGUCACGAAUGACUCUCGAGGUGCAACACCCUCUUCUGCGUUCACACCGUUCGAGAAGGUUGCUGCAUUGACCAACCCUGAGAUUGCUCGCUAUGGCCGUCAGUUGAUCCUGCCUGGCUUCGGUAUCCAAGCACAAAUGGAUCUCAGGAACUGCUCAAUGCUGGUAGUCGGUGCAGGAGGACUGGGAGCAUCAUGUGCAUUGUACCUGGGAGCUGCAGGAGUCGGGCGACUGGGGAUUGUGGAUCACGACACGGUCGAUAUCUCGAACUUGCAUCGACAGGUGAUUCAUAAUGAGGCCAGACAGGGCAUGUCCAAAGCUCGAUCCGCAGCGCUCUCGAUCCAACUGUUGAACCCACAUUGCGAAGUAGUCGUCCAUGAACUGGUACUCGAGAGCUCGAACGCACAGGAGAUCGUCAACGCCUACGACAUCAUCAUUGACGCGACAGACAAUGUGGCGACGCGGUAUCUGUUGAACGACGCCAGCGUGUUGGGUCAGAAGCCCCUUGUCUCUGGAUCGGCCUUGCGAUUGGAUGGACAAUUGACGAUUUACAAUUACGGUGGUGGGCCUUGUUACCGGUGUUUGUUCCCGACCCCACCUCCCUCCGAGACUGUGACCAAUUGCUCUGAUGGUGGCGUUCUUGGCGUCGUCCCCGGGAUCAUUGGAUGCCUUCAAGCGCUGGAGGCGAUCAAGAUUGCCACCGGACUCAACAAGGAGGAUCCGCCGACAAUGACACUGUUCUCAGCAAACUCCUCAACCAUGUUCAGGACCAUCAAGCUGCGGAAGCGCAAACCCGACUGUAUCAUGUGUGGGGACGCUCCAACAAUUACCAAGCUCAUCGAUUAUGUCCGGUUCUGUGGCAGCAGUGCAACCGACAAGACACCAGACUUGUUCUUGAUCCCUUAUAAUGAACGGAUAACGUGUCAGAGUUAUAAGGAGUUGUUGAAGGACAGUGUACCGCAUUUACUUUUGGAUGUUCGCGAGAAGGUGCAGUUUGAUAUCUGCAGCCUCCCUUCGUCCCUCAACAUCCCCUUGAAGGCACUCCCGAACGAGUUGGAAAAGGUUAAGGCCAGGCUAGACGGACACAACGAUCGGCCAGUUUAUGUAGUGUGUCGUCGUGGUAACGACUCGCAACCAGCGGUCAGGAUAUUGCAGGAGAAUGGGAUCACCACGGGGGAGGUCAAGGAUAUUGUGGGUGGAUUAGAGAGGUGGUCCAAUACCAUUGACCCAGACUUUCCCAAGUACUGA